AUCAUUAUCGCGCAUAUCUAAAAAUCAUCAACUGACAUAAUUACCAUGAUUUUCAGGGCCUGCAUGCGAUUCAUUGACACCCCAUCACCUCCAAUCACCAGGCAAAAUGACGGUCCGCGACGUCGAAAAGCAGCACCCACAGACAUCGGAAAUUUCCCCGGAUCCCCACAACCCCAGCAAUCAUGUCAACGCGGAUAAACUGGCCCGCAAUUUGUCGGCCCGCCAGGUUCAAAUGAUUGCUAUCGGAGGGACCAUUGGAACUGGUUUAUUUCUCGGAACGGGCAAGGCAUUGGCAACCGGUGGGCCGGCGUCGAUGCUCAUUGCAUACGCUAUAUGCGGGGGGAUUGUCUUUGUGACGAUGCUGUGUCUAGGUGAGAUGGCGGCUUUUGUUCCGGUUGCGGGGUCUUUUUGUACUUUUGCGGGGCGGUUCGUUGAUGAUGCACUUGGGUUUGCGUUGACGUGGAACUACUGGUUCAAUGAUGCCGUAUCCACGGCGUCGGAUGUUAUCGCGCUGCAGCUGUUGCUUGAAUUCUGGACAGAGAAUUUUCCGGGCUGGGCGAUUAGCUUGAUAUUCCUCGUGGUUGUGAUUGCGUUGAAUGUCUUGUCCGUCAAGGUUUAUGGAGAGGUCGAGUAUUGGCUCAGUUUGCUCAAGGUCGUGACUAUUGUGAUCUUUAUCAUCAUUGGAAUUGUUGUCAAUUGUGGUGGAAAUACGGAUCACAAGUACAUCGGAGACAAAUUCUUCUACACUGGCGAUGCUCCGUUCGUCGGUGGAAUUGGUGGCUUUGCAUCGGUCUUUGUCACGGCCUCGUUUGCCUACGGCGGCACCGAAUCCAUCGCAGUCACAGCCGGAGAGACAAAAGACCCCUCCAAGAACCUCCCCCAAGUCGUCCGCAAUGUCUUCUGGCGGAUCAUCCUCUUCUACAUCGUUUCCAUCAUCAUUAUCGCCCUAAACGUCCCCUACACCUACCCGGGUCUCUCCGACGGCAAAACCGCCACAAGCCCCUUCACAAUCGUCUUCACACAAGUCGGCUCCGCGGUCGCAGGAAGCUUCAUUAACGCCGUAUUGAUGACCAGUGCCAUCUCAGCAGCCAACCACGCACUCUUCGCUGGCUCCCGCCUCCUCUACUCACUGGCGGUCGACGGCUACGCCCCGAGUUUCUUCGGCCACCUCAACCGCUUCCAAAUCCCCUGGGUAGCCGUGCUCUCAACAUCCCUAAUCAGCGGCCUCUGCUUCGGAGCAAGCUACAUCGGCGCGGGACAACUCUGGUCCUGGCUGCAGGAUAUCGUCGGCGUCUCGAACCAACUCUCCUGGGCCUGCAUCUGUAUAUCCUCGCUACGUUUCCGUUCCGCCAUUAAACACCAGAACCUCGAGCACCUCUUGCCCUUCAAGAACUGGACAUAUCCGUACGGCCCUAUUGUCGCGGCAGGGUUGAAUAUCGUGCUUAUAUUGGUGCAGGGGUGGAGUUGUUUUAGUCCCAGCUUCAAGGUCGUUGAUUUUGUGUCAUUUUAUAUCGAGAUUCCGAUUAUGCUUGGGAUGUUUUUGGCUUGGAAGGUGUUUAAGAGGACGAGGUUUGUGAGGAGAGGGGUUAUGGAUUUGGUUACAGAUCGGUAUGAUUUGGGUCGGGAGGGUGUGAAUGGGGUUGAGGAAGGUCAGGAUGUGCAGCAGGGUUAUAGAGGCUUGUGGAGGCGCUUUGGUGGAGGGGAGAGAGGAGGUAAAAUAGCAAGGGGGAUGAAGAGAGUAGGGAUGUGGCUAUUCUUUUGAUACCCGUCUACAAUAUUUCGAGUCAAAAAUAUAACAUCUAAAAUCACUGAUAUUAAACAUACG